CUCCAAAUCAGCAACACUAUCAAAGAGCAGAAGCUCGAUCGUUUCGGGGAGCGUUCCGCUUACCCCACUUAUAUUUAAAAAAGAGGCCUCUCCCGCAAGGAAGGUUCUCACCAAAAAAACCACCCAAAAAAAGGAGGUCUCAGUAACCGCGAGGAGCAGAUAAAUCUUGAGCCAGAUAUAAGCAACAAAAAACAGCAUGGCAACGACAACAGCAAAUGGUGGUGCGGCGGUGCCGGAGGCUGCGGCAGCCACGCCUGUGCACAACUCUUCUCUGUACGUGGGAGACCUGGACAGGGACGUGACCGAGGCUCAGCUUUUCGAGAUUUUCUCCCAGAUCGGGCCUGUGGCUUCCAUCCGCGUCUGCCGCGACGCUGUGACACGCCGUUCGCUGGGCUAUGCAUACGUCAACUACAAUAGCGCUCUGGAUGCCGCUGCCGCUGAGCGAGCGAUUGAGGCCCUCAACUACACCUCUGUGAUCCCUGGCAAGGAAGGCGGCGAGGACAGCAAGCCCAUGCGCAUCAUGUGGAGCCACCGCGACCCCGCCUUCCGCAAAUCGGGAGUGGGCAACAUUUUCAUCAAGAAUCUGGACAAGGACAUUGACAACAAGGCUCUGCACGACACCUUCACCGCCUUUGGAACCAUCCUGUCCUGCAAGGUGGCCACGGACCUGGCCGGCAACUCCAAGGGCUAUGGGUUUGUGCACUACGAGAAGGAGGAGGCCGCGCAGCUCGCUAUCGAGAAGGUCAAUGGCAUGCUGCUGGAGGGCAAGAAGGUGUUUGUGGGCCCUUUCCUGAAGCGCACUGAGCGGCCUGUUGACAAGGAGCAGCACUACACCAACGUCUUCGUCAAGAACCUGAGCGAGAAUCUCACCGAUGAGGAGGUUGAGAAGAUGUUCAACGAGCAUGGCAUGGUGACGAGCUUUGCCAUCAUGAAGGAUGAGGCUGGCAAGUCCAAGGGCUUUGGGUUCAUCAACUUUGAGGAUGCUGAGGGAGCGCACGCGGCUGUGACUGCUCUGAACGGCAAGGAGAUUGACGGCAAGGAGCUGUACUGCGGCCGCGCGCAGAAGAAGGCCGAGCGCGAGGCUGAGCUGAAGCAGAAGUUUGACGAGGUUCGCCAGGAGCGCAUUGCCAAGUACCAGGGGAUGAACCUGUAUGUGAAGAACCUGGUGGACGAGGUGGACGACGACCAGCUGCGCGCCGAAUUUGCGCCGCACGGCACCAUCACCAGCGCCAAGGUCAUGAAGGACUCCGCCGGCAAGUCCAAGGGCUUCGGCUUUGUGUGCUACAGCAGCCCUGAGGAGGCCACCCGCGCCGUCACCGAGAUGAACGGCAAGAUGCUCCUGGGCAAGCCCAUGUACGUGGCCCUGGCUCAGCGCAGGGAGGUGCGCCGCCAGCAGCUGGAGCAGCAGUACACCCAGCAGCGCGUGGCUCCCAUGUCUGGCCGCCCCAACGCUCCCGGCCCAGUGCCCAUGCCUGGCGUCUUCCCGCCAAACGCCGUCUCCUUUCCGCAACAGUACUUUGCCCCGCCCACCAACGCCUACGGCCCCGGCCCCCAGCAGCGUGGAGGCCCCCAGGGCCCCUACGGCGGCCCUGGCGGCGCCAUGUACCAGCACAUGCCGCCCUUCGCGCGCGGCCCUCAGGGUGCCGGCCCGCGUGGCCCUCGCGGGGGCUACGGCCCGGGCCCCGGCCCGUACGGCGGCCCGCAGAAUGUCGUCAUGGUCGGCCCCGGCGGCCGCCCGCACCCUGGCCGUGGCCCGCGCGGCCCUCGCAUGAACGGCCCCAUGCACGGAGGCCCCCAGGGCCGCGGCCCUCGCGGCCCGGGCCCAAUGCACGGCGGCCGCGGCCCGCGCGGUGGCCCGCACGCUGUCCCCAACGGCCCCAACCACGCCCCUCCUCCGCCGCCGCCCCAGCCGGCUCAGCCCCAGCCUGUCCCCACGCCGUCGGCCGUCGUGCCCGGCCAGGAGGGCGGCAAUCUGACCACUGCCAUGCUGGCGGCCGCCGCGCCCGAGCAGCAGAAGCAGAUGCUGGGCGAGCGCCUGUUCCCGCUGGUGCAGCGCCUGCAGCCUGAGCUGGCCGGCAAGAUCACCGGCAUGCUGCUGGAGAUGGACAACAGCGAGCUGCUGCUGCUGCUGGAGUCGCCCGACGCCCUGGUCGCCAAGGUGGACGAGGCCAUCACCGUGCUCAAGCAGCACAACGCCCUGCCGGAGGGCAUUGCAGUCAACAACGAGCCCGUCGCAGCCUGA